UUGUGAAAGGAAAUCCUUGGUAAGACAAAAUCUCGACUUAUUAAACUCCAAUGGCGUCCUCUGCUACAACCUGUUCAUCUGUUCUUCAUCUUCUUCACAAUGAUACCUCAACCUCAUCGUUAUUAUCUCCAAAGGGAAUGCAUCUUCGUUCCUCAUCAUUUUCCCUUCUAUCUCCACGUAGAACUUCAUCUCCAUCUCCCAUGAUCCAGUUUUCCCCAAAAGGUUUUGGUUCAGGUUCAGCAAAUCCACUGUUUGUUGCGACAGCAGAGAAGAAGAAAUCGCCAUUUCAAACAGAAGCUGUUCGUCAAUUAACCGGUUCUGUGACAAAAACCGAGGGUUUCCGUUUUGCUAUUGUCAUAGCAAAGUUUAAUGAAAUCGUUACAAGGCCUUUGAUGGAGGGUGCUUUGGACACAUUCCAGAAAUAUUCAGUCAGGGAAGAAGAUGUUGAUGUGGUGUGGGUUCCUGGUUGUUUUGAGAUUGGUUUAGUUGCUGAAAAGCUUGGAAAGUCAGGGAAAUACAAUGGAAUCGUGUGUAUAGGAGCUGUGGUAAGAGGUGAUACCACCCACUAUGAGGAAGUUGCUAAUUCAACUGCAUCUGGAGUUCUUUCUGCUGGAUUUAAUUCAGGUGUUCCCUGUAUAUUUGGAGUCUUGACAUGUGAAAACAUGGAUCAGGCCUUGAAUCGUGCUGGUGGUAAAGUAGGGAAUAAGGGUUCUGAGGCAGCUUUGACUGCUAUUGAGAUGGCAUCUUUGUUUGGGCAUCAUUUGAAGGAGUAAUAGUUUAAUGUAAUGCAAUACUAUUUCAUCUUGUGAGGAUCAUGAGAAUGCAAAGGCAAUUAUUGCUGAAAAAAAAACCUUGUAUUGGAGCAAAUCAUGUUGUUUGAAUAACUGGAAGAGUUGAAUUUUUUUUUUUUUGGGUUUUCUUUUUGUGUAAUUUGCUGGAAAGUUUUGUGUUAAGGUAUAUGAUGUAUGUCAGCAUGAUAAUGGAGAUUGUGUCAAGUGGAAAAAUAACAGCCGAGAAUGGACUUG